AUGGGCUUUGGGAAUUCUAAUGCUCCCAAUUCCUCAACCCCAAGAGCCAAAACCCAAGACCAAACCCCCCACGCUGAGGUCUCACCAGACGAGGGCAUUCUUGCGAACUUUGUCAAAACCCUAGCCAGGUUCAAGUCUAGAUACAACUUCAUCAGGGUUCUUGAAGUUUCUAGAAGUGCCGACCACCCCUUCGCCGGCUCCCGCCUUCUCCUCCUCGACAACCCAGAUAUCCAUAGCGUAGCUUUCCUCUUCAAACUUUUAACGGCUACUUAUUUUGAUGUUUUUGCCACCUUUCCUCCAAUUUUGAACUCUGGACCCAUAGGAAUUCUAGGGUUUGGAGCUGGUUCAGCUGCUCGACUUUUGCUGGAGCUGUGGUCUGAAGUGAAAAUCAUAGGUUGGGAGAUUGACCCAUCUGUUAUUGCAAUGGCCAGAGAGUUUUUCAGUCUUUACAAGCUAGAGAAACAACACAAACAUAGGCUUUAUAUUAAUGUGGGGGAUGCAUUGAAAGCUGAUGUUAAGGGAGGAUUCACAGGUCUUUUAAUUGAUUUGUUCUCGGAGGGUAGGGUCAUACCAGAAUUACAGGAACGAGAAACUUGGGAGAAUUUGAAGUUGGUUUUGAGAAAUAGGGGAAGAAUAAUGAUCAAUUAUGGGGGAAAGUUUGUGGAGCCUGAGGAUUCUUCGAGAGAUGGGCAUUCGAUUAUGAUGGAGACAUUGAAGGUAAUGGAGAGUGUUUUUCUGGGACAAGUGCAUAUCUUGCAACUGGGUUAUGCUAAGGAAGAGAGUUGCAUUGCUUUGACGGGCCCUUUACCUGAUAGAGAGGCUUAGAGGAAGGCAUUGCCAUCUUCUUUAAGAGGUUAUGUGGAUCAGUGGGUUCCUUUUUGUGGAAGAGUUAUGUAG